GAUGAGAUGCACGGCAUGUAGCUUACACAGCCUUACACUGCCUCCAACUCUGAUCUGAGAAUUGGUUCCUCAAAUCACUAAAUUACCUAGUCAAGGAUAAUUUUCCUGGAAAAUACGGCGUUUUCUUUUGCCACACAAUCACAAUCACAAAUUUUACCUGGCAUGUCAUAUAUAAACAAGCUAUGUGGGAAAGGUUCUGACAUCUACGUUACACAAUCAAAGUUUCAAAACCCGAUGUCUUUUCCUUUCACCAAAGCUAAUACAGUCCAUAGACUUUGGAUCUUGUUUCCUGUGCUCAUUAUUCUCUCGUAUGGUUAUGGAGUUGGAGCGCUAAAUAGCAGCGAUGUCACCAGCGUUGGCGCAAUCAUUAAUUUCAACUCCCGUAUUGGGAAAGAACAGAAAGCUGCCAUGGAAGUUGCAGCUGAGGACUUCAACAACCGUUCAAAGACUCAUAAGCUAAUCCUUCAUUUUCGAGACUCCGGCAGAGAUCCCUUUCGUGCUGCUUCUGCUGCUGAAGAGCUGAUAAAGGAAAAGAAGGUAGAAGCGAUAGUUGGCAUGGAGACUUGGCAAGAAGCAGCUCAAGUAGCUGAUCAUGCAGGAAACCAAUCUAAAGUUCCAGUGAUUUCAUUUGCAGCACCAACUAUAACCCCGCCCCUAAUGCAACGCCGCUGGCCUCAUUUGAUACGAAUGGCAACAGAUGCUUCUGCUCAAAUGAAAUGCAUUGCUGAUUUAGUUUCUGCCUACCAUUGGAAAAGGGUUGUUGUAAUAUACGAAGACGAUGGCUAUGGUGGUGCUGUAGGGACGCUAGCUGUUUUAUCUGAGGCCCUUCGAGACGUUGGUUCAAAGAUUGAGCACCGUUUGAUUCUCCCACGAGUUUCUUCUCUGUCUAACCCAAAUUGGGUUGAGCUAGAAGAGCUAUUGAAGCUUCCCCUCAUACAGUCUCGGGUGUUUAUUGUUCUUCAGUCAUCUUUACCUACAGUUACUCAUCUGUUCAGGGUGGCUAAGAAGAUGGAACUUGUAGGAAGAGACUCAGCUUGGAUAAUCACAGAGAGUAUUGUUAGUUUGCUUGACUCUCUUGACAGCUCUGAUAUGUCCACUAUGGCAGGCACUUUAGGAACCACGACCUAUUAUGCCAAAAAUACUAAUUCUUAUGCCAAGUUCCAGAAUGAAUUCCAAACAAAGUUUUCAGAAGAAGAUAACUCCAAGCCAGGAAUUUAUGCUCUUCGAGCAUUCGAUACGAUGACAAUCAUUACACAGGCCCUAAGAAGAAUGACUAGUAACAGUUCUACUAGUAACCUUCAGGAGCUGUUUAACACAUUGUUCAACAACUACACCGGUCUAAGUGGGAAAAUGUACUUUAAAGAAGGUGGGGUGCUGUUGUAUUCUCCUAAGUUCAGGAUCAUAAAUAUUGUGGAUGGGAAGACAGACAAAGAAUUAAUCUCUUGGACACCAGAGGUUGGGUUCUCACCAAGCCUUGUCAACCAAGGCACAAACAGCAGUAAUGGUGUUGGCAUAAUUUGGCCCGGGAACGUAACAAGUGCUCCCAAGGGCUGGGCUAUGCCUACUGAUGAGAAGAAAAUGAGAAUUCUGGUUCCAGGUAUAACUUCCUUCUACAAAUUUGUGAAGGUUGAUUGGUCCAGGCAGGACUCAGAUGAGAAGAAAUUUGAUGGUUUCUGCAUUGCGCUUUUCAAAAUGAUAGUUAGUAAUUUGAGUUAUUCUCUGCCAUAUGAAAUUGAAGCAAGAAAUGGCUCCUAUGAUAGUCUGAUAAAUCUGGUCCAAGAUAAGACUUAUGAUGCUGUGGUUGGUGAUAUAACCGUACUAUCGGAACGACUGGAGAAAGUGGAUUUCACUCAGCCAUAUCUGGAGUCUGGUUUAUCAAUGAUUGUUCCAGAAAACUAUGAGGAGUCAACAUGGUUAUUUCUGAAGCCUUUUACUUGGCAAAUGUGGGUGGUGACCGGUGGCAUUUUGAUCUACACAACGUUGAUAGUGUGGUUCCUGGAGCGCCCAUCCAAUCCAGAAUUUGGUGGCCCUUUUAAGGAUCAAAUUCGCACAGCAACUUGGUUCACCUUCUCGUCUUUGUUCUUUGCUCACAGAGAGAAAAUCUACAGCAACUUGACUAGAGUAGUUGUUAUAGAGUGGCUGUUUGUCGUAUUGAUCCUAAGCUCAAGCUACACUGCUAAUCUGUCCUCAAUGCUUACCAUCAAAGGAAUGAACCCGAAUGUAACAGGCAUUGAAAUGCUGAAGAGAACCAACGCAAAAAUUGGUUCUGAUGCAGAUUCUUUUAUCUUGAACUACCUGGAGGUUGUUCUUGGAUUCAAAAAUAGCAACAUCAUCGAAGUAGGCCCCCAAUACAAUGUGGACGACUUCAAGAGCAAACGUAUAUCUGCUGCCUUUCUUGAACUCCCAUAUGCAGAAGUGUUCAUCAACCAGAACUGCAAGGGGUAUACUUCCACUGCACGAAACUACAGAUUUGGAGGAUUCAGCUUUGCAUUCCAGCAAGGCUCUCCAAUAGCCAGGGAUUUCACUAAGGCCAUUCUAGAGCUAUUGGAGAAUGGAGAACUGAAGAAACUUCAAACACAUUGGCUGACCACACCCGAGGGGGAGUGUUCAAACAAUGCAACUUCAAACACACCAGAAAGCUUGAGCCUCAAGAAUUUCUCCGGCCUCUUUAUAAUAACCAGCGUUACUUCCACCCUUUGUUUGCUCCUAUCUCUUGUUAUCUUGAUGAGGAAGUGUCAGCAGCAAGAAGCAGACCAAGGCAAUGCAAGUCCAAGUCCAAGUGAUGAAAGUCUUUGGAACAGAACUGUUAGAAUAGCAGGAUUUAUUAAUCAAAGUCUUAGCAUUCCAAAGGGAGCUCCAUCUUUUGCUAAUGUAGAGGAAUGGAGUUCUCCAUUAAGGUGGGAUUAUACCUCCACUUCCAACACUCCUGAGCAUCCACAGGCCUUUAUGGAGCCAGCACAAAUUGAAUUCAUUCCACAGGAAUCUAUAGAACUAAGGCAAUAGUAUAUGUAUAUUAGUGAAAAUUAACUCCAUACCAGAUUUUGUUUUUAUUCUUUUAUUUUAAUUUGGUUUUGAUAAAUACCCUCAGGCCAGAUUUGGCUCUGUCAAUUGUAUGAAAUUAAUGUUAUAUUAACAAAGAGUGCAAGGAGCCAAA